UAAGGCGAUUUCUGGCGAGAAAAGUAACCUUCAGUAAGACCGCUUUCAAUUUCUGGCGAGUAACUAAUGACGUCACGUCAUACUGUAGUAUGCUAGAGUAACCACUAACCAAGUAACAUGCCCUUACCUACCUUCAACCUGGAGUAAGCAAUAGUAAAGUUAACUUUCUAACCUCAAUUUGUGAGGUUGGUUCUUUUAUUUAUGUUUACAUAUUACUUAUAGGUAUAAUGGAUAAUAGUCUAGAAGAUGAUGAUACUUUAGUGGAGGUGAAGUUCUUAAUUAACAAUGAAAUUGUAACAUUUUCGGAUAGUGGGGUGGUUGCAACAGCACUAAAAACAGAUGCCAAUUUUGUGCUAGAGUACAUAUCAAGGGCAAUAGAGGAAGGAUUUUUAGAACAAUUCGGUGUAUGCAAAGGCACUUCAAUUGCCGACAUAGAUAUCUCUCGAAUUUCUGAUGAAACUCCUGAAACUAUUGAAACCGCAGUCGCAGCUGCUGAAACCGACCAAGAAAUCUGGAGCAGUAGAGGGAAACCGACCGACCUUGAUAGGCGUGCUACAGAAUACAUGUUGGAACUAAGGAACUCUGCAAAAUUUCAAACUUUAUUUGCGGACAAAAAAACUGUAAAAAUGUCUAUAUGGGGGAAAAUUGCAGAGCUUCUAGGUAGUGCUGGAUUUCCCCUAAAUCCUAAAGAAGGAGGGAAAAAAUGCUAUCAAUAAUUUCAGAAUUUGACCAAAAUGUACAUAAAUUUUAUAAAACAUGUAAAAACAACAGGAGGUGAAGCACGGGAACCACCACCUCAUUAUGACCUAUUACAUAACAUUUUGGGUGAUAAACACAAAAUAACAUUAGGGCAUAUUAAGGAUUCACUGCAAUUAGCAGAUACUCAAGAUGAAUUAAAUGUAAUCCAUCAACCAGGGCUAUCCACAUCAGCGCCAUUGUCUUCUCCUCAACCACAGCCAUGUGCAACAACUUCCCAGCAACCACUCACCCCCACGUCAUCUUCCUCCCGAUCACAGACACCCACAUCAUCUUCCCAUCUACUCGAAUCCUCUACCCCAUUAUCAAGAUCCCAUACACCACACCGAGAUUCUCAUUUCCAAAAUAUA